AUGUCGACCUCGUCCGCGUCCGGCACAGAAAAGCCCAACGAGACCGACCUCAUCGUCGCGGCGCUCGAAAACCCCCAACACAUCCAAAAGGUCGUCUCCGAGGCCCUCAUCCUCGGCGGCGGGGCCGCCGCCAUCCUGCUGCAGGUCGCGCACCCUGUCGUGGCCAAGGGCGUCGACUACCACAGCAGCUUCGCAACGCGACCGGUCGACCGCCUGCGCACGACCAUGACCUACGUCUACAGCAUGCUCUUCGGCACCCCCAAGGAGAAGAAGAAGAUCAUCGAGCUCACACACCGCGCGCACGCCACGGUCAAGGGCGCCGACUACACGGCCGACGACCCGGGCGCGCAGCUCUGGGUUGCGUCGACGCUGUACGCCGUGGGCAUUGAUCUGUACGAGCAGGUCUUUGGCGUGAUGGACGAGGAGACCGCCGAAGCCGUGUAUCGCGAGUACGUGGUUCUCGGGGCGUCGCUGCGCGUCCCCGUGGAGAUGUGGCCGAGGACCCGCGAGGCGUUCUGGAUCUACUGGGACGAGCAGCUGGCGAGCUUUGAAAUCACCGACGAGGCCAAGCACGUGGCGCAGGAGCUGCUGCAUCCGAAAUUGCCCUUUUACUUCAAGGCGCUGAUGCCGACGGUGAGGCUACUAACUACGGAGCUGCUGCCCCCGCGACUGCGCGAGGCGUAUGGGUUGAAGAGUACUAGGGGGCGCAGGGCGCUGUACAAGUCGACGAUGGCGAUGACCAAGGCGACGUACCCGUUUGUUCCCCGGGCGAUCCGCACGUAUCCUGUCAAGUACUAUAUGAAGGACAUGCGCAAGCGGAUGGCAAAGUAUGGCGAGUCGCAAAGGAAGAUUUAG